AUGUCGCAUUCUGGAGUUAGCGAUAUUUAUACGUAUGUCAAUUCUGCCCAAAGAAAUUUCCAUUUUUACACUACUAGAGCUACUGCAGGUGAUUCCGAUAACGAACAAGGAUAUACCGGCACACCAACUUUUUCCAACGAAUCUAACCUAGAAGACGACAGUGAGGGAGGAAUGGAGGGUACAACAGAUAGCGAAGGGGAAAUUGAAUAUAAUUAUCACAAUCAUGGUACUUCUUUUACCACCACAGAAGAUGAAGACGACGAUGAUGAAAUGGAUGUAUGUAGUUCAGAAACAGAAUCUGAAGACAAUGAAGAAGAACAACAAAUUAUUAAUAAUUCAAACAUACAAAAUUUUUACAUCCUUCAAGGAAUGGGUAUAUUUAGAUUUCCAAAUGUUAAUCAUCCUUCUCCAAUUUAUCCUAAUAGUACGGAUGCGACUGUUGCUUCGUCAUCGAUAUCAUCUGCUUCGUCAGCUUCAUCUUCUGCAUCAAAUCAACAAAAGCAAAGUCCACUGAGAUUUGGUUUUCCAAAUGAGUCACAAGAUAAUGGUGGUGAUGAAGAAGACGAUGAUGGAGCUUCUUCAUCUACUUCUUACGAUGCCACUUCCUCAAGGAAACGGGCGAGAUCAAUUUCUAAUGAUUGGCCUCAAUCUAUACAGUUUGGGUCUUUGGAGCCUGUUAAUAGUGAUAUAUCGAGUAGACCGAAUCAAAAUUUAAGGUCAACGCAAUUAUCUUCAUCUCCUCCACUGCCCAAUAACAACAGAUCAGCAGGAAAUGGAGAAUCUUUCUUUGGUUUCUCACCAGACAACGAUGCUGUUCGUCCUGCGCAUCAUACACCUAUAUCACCACCUCCAUAUAUAUUGGGAAAUUAUUCAUCAAAUCGUACGAGGGUUUUCUCCGCAAAUUCGCGAUCGUCAUCUGCAGUUGUUACGACUCCAUCAACCGAACCUACAUAUGCUCGUUUACAUUCUCAACCGCCGUCUUUCUUUUAUCAUCGGACAAUGUUUAAUCCUCCUCCAAGAAGGAACUUUAAUCAGACAGUCCCUCAACCUGUCGAGCCACGAAGGCCCACUUCUACACCUAAUCACAAUGUUGAUGAACAACAAGGUUAUAGUUCUAAUUUUGCUCCUGCUAGUCCAGAUAUACCGAUCGUUAUGUAUCCCGAAGUAUUUCAACCACCAGAGAGAAGACCUCCUCAUCACCAUACUAUUCCGGGUUUAUCACAGGCUUCAAGGACAUCGCCAACGUCAUCUUCAAUACCCCCCAGAUGGACACCUCGAGACCCUAGAGGGCAAGUUGCUAGGAUACUUGGAAAUGAAGAAGAACAGGACAAUCUUACUGAAUUACCGGAAAAUUCAGAUAGUGAAGUAAAUAUAACAACAUCUACCGCAGUUCGUCCUCAAUUUAGGCCACCUAGACGUCACGAGUCACGUCAAGAUAAUAAUGCACUCGAUCAUCCUCGCUCUAGAACGCUGGCAGCGUUAGCUGCAGCUACUGCAGCAAGAACGAAUCCUACAAAUGACGGUUCACUGUCUGCUGAUGAACAAAUAGCGAGAAGAAUGCAAGCAUAUGAAUACAGUAGUAUUCAAAACACUAUUGAUGAACAGAAUGUUUUAGCUAGAUUCCUAGGUGCUGGCAGAGCCCGUUCUAAUGCAAAUCGUCGAGAAACAACUUCGGGUUCAUCAUCUUCAUCGCGCAACGAAUCUUCUAGAAGGAACGCAUCAACGCGUGGAACCGCAAGAUUACCAGAAAUUUUAUCCCAUGAACGUAAUCACCAUGAAGAACGUGGUAACGAACCUCCUCGAAGUCGUGGUCACGGUUCACGAGGUAGUCAAUCUAGAAAUGGUGGAAGGUCAAGCAGUGCGAGCAAUUAUCUACACCAUCAUUUUAUCCCACAUUAUCCUUUAUUGGGGAAUCUUAUUGAUUCGGGUGAAAUAGAAUUGGAAGACUUUUUGGAUCUAUGGCCUGUUUGGGGUAAUGGUAUUGCAGCAAAUCCGGAUAAUUAUCUAGAUGAGGAUGAGUUUGACUCCAGCUACGAAGGUUUACUUCGAUUAUGCGAACGUAUCGGUGAUGCAAAACCUAAGGGUGUUUCCGAAGAUGUCAUAAAAACCCUACCGGCAAAAACGUUUAUAAUGGGCAAGAGCAAAACUGCUGAAGAGAGAUGCACAAUAUGUUUAACGGGUUAUGAAAGCAAUGAUCUACUCCGAGAUUUGCCUUGUUCGCACGAUUUUCAUCAAGAUUGUAUCGACUCCUGGUUUAAAAAUUCCGACAAAUGUCCAAUUUGUCGACGUAGCAUAGUGGAAAGAUGA